AUGGUCAGUUCCCGGUGCCUACCUUCUUGAAGCGGAGCGUCGACCACCAGGAAGUGACCAUCGACAGUUUUCUAUUGAUAAAUCGCACAAGGAAUAAGUUAAAGUCGAUUGAUGUUGCUCCAUCCCAAAGCGUUUAAUUUUUUUCAUCCGAGGACCUCUCCCUUCCCAUAAGCUGAUCCGACUGUGGAGUGACUUAAACCGCUGGAAAACACGUAGCCUAAGCAACACAAAUAAAAUUCGUUUCGCCUGUGAAGAUGCGGUAUCUUUGCCUACGGUGACAGACCAUCUCAAAAGAUUUGCGCUUUCACCAAUCCAUUUAAUUAGAGAUUUGCCUGGUUUCAAAAGGUUUUUUCUACUUUUCUUUUAUCUGGCGUUGCCAACGCAACACAUACAACCAGUCCACGAGCACUGUCGGCGUUGGAAAUCUUAGAAGGCAUUGGGAUUCAUUUUUUUCGCCGGUUGAUAACCUAGUGUCCAUCCAGCAACAACAUGUUGGACCCGUCUUCCAGCGAAGAGGAAGCUGAUGAGAUUGUGGAAACAGAGCGCAAAGAGGUGAUGGCACCAAAGGCCGGGGGUGCUCGUGUGUCACCCAGCCGGACCACCGAAAGCUCAGGUGGACUCCAACCCGCAAGCCGUGGGGCCAGCGCCCGUCCAUCCAGUCCUAGUCCCUCGGUGGCAAGCGACAAGGAAAAAGAGGACCUGGAGAAGAUGCAGAGAGAGGAGGAGGAGAGGAAGAAGAGGCUCCAGCUCUAUGUCUUUGUGAUGCGCUGCAUUGCCUAUCCUUUCAAUGCAAAGCAACCAACUGACAUGGCCAGAAGGCAGCAGAAGAUCAGUAAGCAGCAUCUCCAGACGGUGAAGGAACGCUUCCAGGCCUUCCUGAACGGAGAGACCCAGAUUGUGGCCGACGAGGCUUUCAUCAAUGCAGUCCAGAGCUACUAUGAGGUGUUCCUGAAGAGUGACCGAGUGUCUCGCAUGGUGCAGAGUGGAGGCUGCUCGGCCAGCGACUCCCGGGAGGUCUUCAAGAAGCACAUCGAGAAGCGCGUCCGCAGCCUGCCCGAGAUCGACGGCUUGAGCAAGGAGACGGUGCUGAGCUCCUGGAUGGCCAAGUUUGACACCAUCUACCGUGGAGACGAGGACCUGCGCAAGGCGCAGCAGCGCAUGACGGCCAGCGCCGCCUCCGAGCUCAUCCUCAGCAAGGACCAGCUGUACGAGAUGUUCCAGAACAUUCUGGGCAUCAAGAAGUUUGAGCACCAACUGCUGUACAACGCCUGUCAGCUAGAUAACCCGGAUGAGCAAGCGGCCCAGAUCCGGAGGGAACUGGACGGUCGUCUGCAGAUGGCUGACCAGAUAGCCAGGGGUGGCAAGUUUCCCAAGUUUGUAUCCAGGGAGAUGGAGGCCAUGUACAUCGAGGAGCUGCGUUCCUCAGUCAACCUUCUCAUGGCCAACCUGGAGAGCAUGCCCGUGUCCAAGGGGGGAGACUUCAAACUGCAGAAGCUCAAGCGGGGCCACAACACGUCCAUCAUAGACAUGGGCCAGGAGGACGAGAACACACUGUCCAAGUCUGACGUGGUGCUCUCCUUCACCCUGGAGGUGGUGAUAGUGGAAGUGCAGGGCCUCAAGUCUCUGGCUCCUAACAGGAUUGUCUACUGCACCAUGGAGGUGGAGGGAGGGCAGAAACUCCAGACAGACCAGGCUGAGGCCUCCAAGCCCACCUGGGGCACCCAGGGAGACUUCACCACCACACACCCUCUGCCUGCGGUGAAGGUGAAGCUAUUCACGGAGAGUACUGGAGUGUUGGCCCUGGAGGACAAGGAGCUUGGACGCGUGGUCCUACACCCAACACCCAACAGCCCCAAACAGUCAGAGCUGCAUAAGAUGACCGUGUCCAAGGGCUGUCCGGACAGCGACCUCAGAAUCAAACUGGCCAUCCGCAUGGACAAGCCUCAGAACAUGAAGCACUGUGGGUACUUGUGGGCAAUAGGGAAAAACGUGUGGAAGAGAUGGAAGAAGAGGUUUUUUGUGUUAGUUCAGGUGAGCCAGUACACCUUUGCCAUGUGCAGCUACAGAGAGAAGAAGGCGGAGCCCGUGGAGCUCCUUCAGCUGGACGGCUACACUGUGGACUACACUGACCCUCAGCCAGGUCUGGAUGGAGGGAGGACCUUCUUCAACGCUGUGAAGGAGGGGGACACUGUGAUCUUCGCCAGCGACGACGAGCAGGACCGUAUCCUGUGGGUGCAGGCCAUGUACCGGGCCACCGGCCAGUCCCACAAACCCAUCCCCCCCACCCAGGUCCAGAAGCUCAACUCCAGAGGUGGCACCACCCCCCAGCUGGAUGCGCCCAUCUCCCAGUUCUACGCCGACCGGGCACAGAAGCAUGGCAUGGAUGAGUUCAUCUCCGCUAACCCCUGUAGCUUUGACCACGCCUCCCUGUUUGAGAUGGUGCAGCGCCUCACCCUGGACCACAGGCUCAAUGAUUCCUACUCCUGCCUGGGUUGGUUCAGUCCAGGCCAGGUGUUUGUCAUGGAUGAGUACUGUGCUCGUAAUGGGGUGCGGGGGUGUCACAGACACCUGUGUUACCUAGGCGACCUCCUGGAGAGGGCGGAGAACGGGGCCAUGAUUGACCCCACCCUGCUGCACUACAGCUUUGCCUUCUGCGCCUCUCAUGUCCAUGGCAACAGUCAGAGAGUGUGUGCGUUGCUAAGCUGGCCUGUAUCUAAGGCACAGCUUGGUCGAGCCCUUAAUCCCCCCACACCAGAACCCCCCUCCCCUUCUAAGAAGGAACUCAUCAAAAUCAUUGAGUUUAUGAAGAAAAAGGACUUCAAGUCCCAGACUGCCUCUGGGCCCAAAAGGCCUGAUGGGAUAGGCACUGUGACGGUGGACGAGAAGCAGCGCUUCGAGGAGAUUAAAGAGCGUCUACGCGUCCUGCUGGAGAACCAGAUCACACACUUCAGGUACUGUUUCCCCUUUGGUAGACCAGAAGGAGCCCUGAAGGCCACCCUGUCCCUGCUUGAGAGGGUUCUGAUGAAGGACAUCGUCACCCCGGUCCCUCAAGAGGAUGUGAAGUCCGUCAUCCGUAAAUGUCUGGAGCAGGCUGCCCUGGUCAACUACCAGCGCCUGUCAGAGUACGCCAAAAUAGAAGCGGAGAAAACUCAGAAAGAUCUGAAGGAUCCAGAGAAUGUAGGGCGCUUAGUCACUCCCGCCAAAAAACUGGAGGACACCAUCCGCCUUGCAGAACUAGUCAUCGAGGUCCUGCAACAGAACGAGGAGCACCACGCAGAGGCGUUCGCCUGGUGGUCGGACCUGAUGGUGGAGCAUGCGGAGACGUUUCUGUCCCUGUACGCGGUGGACAUGGACGAUGCUCUGGAGGUCCAGCCCCCCGACAGCUGGGACAGCUUCCCUCUCUUCCAGCUCCUCAACGACUUCAUGAGGGUUGACUAUAACUUGUGUAACGGGAAGUUCCACAAGCAUCUGCAGGACCUGUACGCUCCUCUGGUGGUUAGAUAUGUGGACCUGAUGGAGUCCUCCAUCGCUCAGUCCAUCCACAGAGGGUUCGAGAGAGAGUCAUGGGAGCCUGUCAAGAGUAUAGCAAGUAAUCUGCCCAAUGUGAAUCUACCAAAUGUCAACCUCCAAAUGCCCAAAGUACCAAAUCUAACAGUGCCAAGUGUUAACCUUCCACAAAUGCCCAGCUUUGCUGCACCCAACUGGAUGACAGCUAUUUGUGACUCGGAUAACGGCUCAGGAACAUCAGAGGACCUGUUCUGGAAGCUGGACGCCCUGCAGACCUUCAUCCGGGACCUCCACUGGCCGGAGGAGGAGUUUGGGAAGCACCUGGAGAGCAGGCUGAAGCUGAUGUCCAGCGACAUGAUCGAGUCCUGCAUCAAACGGACGAGGGUGGCCUUCGAGGCGAAGCUGCAGAAGAGCAGCCGGACUACUGACUUCCGCGUGCCUCAGUCCAUCUGCACCAUGUUCAACGUGAUGGUGGACGCCAAGGCCCAGUCUGCCAAACUGUGUGCCAUGGAGCUGGGCCAGGAGUUUGUUAGAGACUGGAGACAGUAUCACUCCCAAAUCGACAAUCUGAUUGAGGAAACAGUAAAGGAGAUGACGACAGUGCUGGUAGCAAAGUUUGUGGUCAUCCUGGAGAGUGUCCUGGCCAAGCUAUCCAGAUACGACGAGGGCACGCUCUUCUCCUCCUUCCUCUCUUUCACAGUGAAAGCUGCCUCAAAAUAUGUGGACGUACCAAAGCCAGGGAUGGACAUUGCAGACGGCUAUGUGACAUUCAUGCGCCACUCUCAGGACAUGCUGCGUGAUAAGGUCAAUGAGGAGGUGUACAUAGAAAGGUUAUUUGAUCAAUGGUACACCAGCACCAUGAACCUGCUGGGGACCUGGCUCACUGACCGCAUGGAUCUUCAGCUCCACGUAUACCAGCUCAAGAUCCUCAUCAGAGUGGUCAAGAAAAAGUACCGUGACUUUCGGCUCCAGGGGGUGCCAGACUCCACCCUGAACAGCAAGAUGUAUGACACGGUGAGGAACCGGCUCACCCUGGAGGAGGCCACUGCGUCCGUGAGGGAGGGAGGCAUGCAGGGCAUCUCCAUGAAGGACAGCGAUGAGGAGGAUGACAACAACUAGACCAACAUCAAGGGAACGGAGAUUCUCACAUCAGACACUGGGGGUCUGUGAGAGCCUGAGAAACAAUGCAUGUCCCAACUGUCCUCACCAUUACAUCACUCUAGGUCCGUUAUCUGUCUCUGUCAGAGUUAAAACACCAGUACAGGAGGAAAUGGUUAAAAAAAAAAAAAAAAAAAAAGAUUCUCCAUGCUGUUAGUCUUAAAAUUGUGGGAAAAAUAUAUUUAGAAUUAAGCGAUAUAAAUUGUAGGUAUUUAUAACUUCGAUAUUUCUGAAUGUUCUUAAGCAAUAUGGAGAACAGUUUUGUUUGCAUUGUCAAUGACCAUGAUUAGGAGUAAUGCUCGGUGUGCCCUGUAUGAUGCUAACCUUUCUAGGUGCUUCUUUUAAUGUUUACUGUUCAGUAAGAGAACAUCAUUGUGAGCAAAAGAUAAUUACCGUCUAUCCGUCAAAAGGGGAAUGUCUAUUGCCUAAUGGGAACAAACCACUGACAACAUAAUUGUAUCUAUGUUGAAAUACUGCCUAAUGUCCCUCUUCACUAGAAUAAUCAAGGUAGACACUUUUUUCUUUUAUUUGAUUCAAUACUCCUAUUACAUUUUCCCUCACUGGCCAAACAUUUGACCGUUUUUUUAUGAAUUGUUAUUUAAGAUGCAAUAUAUUCCAGUAGUUUAAUUGUUAUACUUUAUCUUGUAUUCUAGUCCUUUUCUCUUUUCUUAAUUUUUCUUAAUUUUUUUACAUCAAAUUUUAAAAAUGAUGUUCUUUUUUUGUUAUGUAGCACAGCACAAUGUAUUCAAACCACACAACAAGUGAAAGUGACUUCUGUAUGUAACCUACAGUUUAACUCAUAUCUAAUAUGUCUCCACCUUUUUGUAAUGGAUUGUGGAAAAAUGUUGUUGUUGUUUGUAAAUACUCAAGCUGUACAUGGCCCUGUGUGCAAUUACUGCAUGUCCCAGGUACACACUGACUUCCUCUCCCAAAUGUUCUUCUCAGAAAUGUUGUUCUGUGUGUAGAGUUACCGGUGGACUCAUAUUGCUUCUACCUUACAAGUCCCCUCAGUUGAAAAGGAUGAGCUGUGCCCAAUAGAAUCAAAAUAAAGUUGACUGUAUAAACAUGCAAAAACAAAUGUUGUUUUUGUUAUUGUCUGUAAAUUAGAAAUAUGUCAAUAUUGUAUUAUGUAAAAACAAAACAGGUCUAAAUGGGUCUUGAACAAACAUCGUCAGUGAUGUGAGGUCAAUAACAAGAGUCGGGGGUGUCCUCAGUCUGCACAGUGUUGUAAGAUGUAAAUAUCCGGUACUUAUGGCAAACUACAUAUUUAUAUGCAUGCUCCUUUUAACCCCCCCACCCCCUUUCCACCCCUCUAACCAGAGCAGUUUCUUAAGAAAGCGAGUCAGAGAUUAGUGCCCUGGAUUAGGCCAUUUCUCAUCUUUAGAGUUUUUAUUACAGCCCAGAAGGAGAUUGGAAGAAUUGCCCAAGAUGCUAUGCAGAGCAGCCCUUAGCCAGAUCUCCUCAACAUGAUUAGAAUUAUUCUCAAAAGAUUUCAAAAAAACAAAUCAGACUCAAGAUGACAGAUAUAAACUGAGUCAGGGGGAUUAAAUAUAAUAAAGUCACAAAUUAAAAGAUGAUGCGAUAGUUUAAUUAUUUCAUAGAAGUCAGAAAAACAAAUCCUUCUUAGGAGAAAAACAAGAUUUAGGGCCUGCUUGGAGGGAUUGAGGUGACUCAAAACAAAUACAAAACAAUUCAACUGUAUCUCAAUGACAGGAAUUCCUCAGUGUUAUGUAUGGGGACUCUGUAUCCCAGGGGAUGGCUUUCAUUUGCAUAAUGUUAGUUUAAGUGCAAAUUGAUGUAACAAGUUUUUCUGUGCAAUAUUCAGUCUAAUUCACUUGAGUACAGGACUAAGAAGAAACAAGGUACUUCCUGCACUAAUGUGACAAUUCCUAUGCCUUCCCCAAAAUAAAU